AUGGCCUCGCCGCUCAAGGUGGAGCAGGACGUGCAGGGCAAGGUGGAGUCGUUUCGGGCCCGAAUCGCACAGGAGGCCGAGGAUCUCGUGUCCACUUUCUUCCCUCAGAAGCUGUCGGAGCUGGACAGCCGCGUCCAGGAGCUCCGCCUGCAGGACCUGUCCCGCAUCCGGUCGGUGCCGGCCCCGGAGCCGCCCGUCGCCCAGGACACGCCGGACACCGCGGGCGACGGGCCCAACCGCGAGCCGCCGACGCCCGCCACCUUGCAGCCGGCGCCGCCCGGCAAGGGCGCCGGGCUGUCCGGGGGCGAGGGGCAGCUGCUGCGCAGCAACCAGCACCUGGUGGAGCUGAUCGAGCGCGUCAAGCCCGAGAUCGAGCUGCUGAGGGAGAAAUGCAACACAGUGCGCAUGUGGGUACAGCUGCUCAUCCCCAAGGUGGAGGACGGCAACAACUUCGGCGUGUCCAUUCAGGAGGAUACCGUGGACCAGCUGUGGACGGUGGAGAGCACAGCCGCCUCAUACCUGCGUCGCUUCUCCACUUACUACAAUACCCGCGCCAAGCUCGUGUCCAAGAUAGUCAAGUACCCGCAGGUGGAAGACUACCGGCGCACCGUGGCCGAGGUGGACGAGAAUGAGUAUCUCAGUGUUCGCCAGAUCUUGCUGCAUGUGCGGAACCAGUAUGCCACCUUGCACGACGUGAUCCUCAAGAACAUCGAGAAGAUCAAGACCCCGCGCAGCGCCAACACUGAGAACCUGUACUGA